AGAUGGCGACAAAUAGAAAACUUCCCCCCUCCAUGAAGUGUGAUGGUGUAUUUGAUUAUUCCGCACACCAUCAUCACACUGUAGUCUUGCAUAACAACCAUGACAGCUAAACGGCUUUAAGACGCUCAGCAGACUCAAGUACUCUAUGUAAGAUGAACACUGAGGACAAGUUGGAGGGUUUGCUGCUGAAGUGCAGCAGUGGAGGAGUAGAUGGAGGAGGACGAGUCGGGCUGGGCGGAGGAGGAGGAGGAGCAGGAGGAGGAGGAGGACUGGUGGUGAUGACUCUGGGGGAGCGAUCCCUCGCCAACCACCCUCUGUUGGCUGAGGACGACGAUGACGAAGAUGAAGACGAAGACUUGACCGGGAGCUCGCUGGUUACGCACGACCUGGUUCCUCCAGAGCAGCUGAUGAUGCAGGAGGAGAUGACAAAGAACGGUAGAGGAGGAGGAGGAGGAGAAGAGGAAGGAGGAGGCGAGGUGGGAGUGCAUUUCCCCCUAAAACUCACCAAUAAGUUGCCCUGCUUGCUUCAUAUGCCACUGAGCAUCAAGCAGGAGCUGAAGCUGUCGGAGGCUCCAACCCAGAUAAAGAAGGACAAGAAAGGAGUCAAGGACCUGCUGCAGUGUCCCAAGAAGAAGAAGAGGAAGCAGCGCUCACCAGCAAAGAUUCUCAGCAUCAACGAUGACGGGUCGUUGGGAAUACAAAACCCAAAGUGUCACAUCUGUGUUCACUGUAACGCUGCUUUCAGAACCAACUACCACCUGCAGAGGCACGUCUUCAUCCACACUGGUGAGAAGCCGUUCCAGUGCAGCCAGUGUGAUAUGCGCUUCAUUCAGAAAUAUCUCCUCCAGAGACACGAGAAGAUCCACACUGGUGAGAAGCCUUUUCGCUGUGAUGAGUGUGGUAUGAGGUUUAUCCAGAAGUACCACAUGGAGAGACACAAGAGGACUCACAGUGGAGAGAAACCCUACCAAUGUGACUACUGUCACCAGUAUUUCUCCAGGACAGAUCGGGUUCUAAAGCACAGACGAAUGUGUCACGAGAACCGAGAGAGGAAGAGCAACAAGGCAGCCGGUCGAGUCGCUGCUCUGCGUGAAGCCGAUCCUCUGGGCCUCCCGUUCCUAGCCAAAGAGUGUUCACUGCCCAAGAAGAAGCGCCAGAAGUGUUCAGACAAGAGUUCAGACGCUUCCAGCGCCGCCCAGACGGACGCCGCCGCCGCCGCCGGGGAGGAGCCGGAGGAGAAGGAGGAGCAGCGGCAGAGUAAGAUGGAAGGCCUACCUCUCUACGUCGUCUCCUCCAAGGUGAAACACGAGUACGUGAUCACAGAUUACUCUGUGGAGCUUCCUGAAGAAGCAGCCAGUCCUCCUCAGGACGGAGACGUGUCCUCAGAAGACACCACUCCUCCCAAACUGGUCCUGAAGAAAGUCCCCAAGAGGAGCCUCAAACAGUCCUCCGAGCAGACGCCUCCUUGUCUUUCCACGCUGGCCUCCUUCGAGGAGACCACCAAGGUGCAGUACACCUUUGAGAUAGUGGACAAACAAGGGCUUUUAGAGGUGGAGAGCAGCUCUGAGCUGGAGGCGGUGGAGACGCUCCAUGGAGGAGGCGGAGCGGCCAAGCCGGCGGCGGGCAGCACGAACUACGACGACGCCAUGCAGUUCCUGAAGAAGAAGCGCUACCUGCAGGCCGCCAUGGCCAACAACAGCCGCGACUACGGCCUCAACGCCAGCAGCAUCUCCUCCCAGCCGCCCGGAGCUCAAACCGUGGUGUCGGCGGUGAUCGAGGAGACGGUGCCGGCCACCAUCCUGGAGCCGCCGCCGCUCAGCACGGACAUCAAAGCCUCGCACGACAAGAGCGUUCUGCCCGACGAGGUCCUCCAGACGCUGCUGGACCACUACUCCAACAAGGCCAACGGCCAGUCGGACAUCUCCUUCAGCGUGGCCGACACCGAGGUGACGUCCAGCAUCUCCAUCAACUCGUCCGACGUGUCCGACGGCGUCCCCGUGGAGGCUCUGGGGGCCUCCGGCGCCCAGCCCCAGCCCGCCACGGAGAAGGUCAGCCUCCUGCAGGAGUACUCCAAGUUCCUGCAGCAAGCUCUGGAGAGAACCAGCCAGAACGACAGCUACCUGACCAGCCAGAGCCUCAGCCUGGUGUCGGAGAACCCGACCUUAGCCGGGCAGCCUCUGUUCUCCACGGAGAAACAGUUCCCCUCCCCCAGCAGGUUCAAAUCAGGGAUGAGCUCCCCGCUGAGGUCCACCUUGGAGAAACCUCACUUCGGGCUGCUGGUCGGGGACUCGCAGCACUCGUUUUCGUUUUCAGGUGAUGAGACCACGCCUCCCUCCGGCGUGUCCCCGGCCGAGGAGGACUUCCUGGAGCAGGUCUCGCCCUCCAAAAAGACAGACUCCUCCUCCUCCUCGUCCUCGCAAGGCAUCCUGCAGACGUUUCAGAUAAGCUCCUUCGAUCAGAACUUCAAAUCUCACUUCCAGACGUCGAGAUCUGGAUCCACCUCGCAGUUCACCGUUGCCAAUGGACAGUUAAGCCUCCGAGGACACAGCACAGACUUCUCAGAGUUCCCCUUAGUCCGAGUCACCGAGACCAGGUCUCAACUGAACUCCUCCCCCGACGUUUCAUCCGGUGAGACCUUCGGCUGAGGGCCGACAGGGAAGGAGCGAAGGAUUCAUUUCUGUUAAUAAUUUCAGCGGCACUUUAUCUCAUGUCUCCUGUUUUGCCAAAACGAGUCCCGUUGCAACUUUGUGCUCUUUCUCAAAGCAUUUACGGUAAAACUUUAGAUGAAAUAACACAUAUUCAACAUGAAUUAGCUGCUUA